UUGAUAAGUGCCCUCCACCCCUGAAAAAAACGGAUACCCCAGGAGUGGAGGGUGCUUGCCCAAAGCCAAAUAGAGGAGUGUCAGAGCCGGGACUGGAACCCUGAGCUGUCUGGCCUCCAGUCUGCACACUUUCUCCUCACUUGCAAUGCUUAACGCUGGAAGAAGCCUCAGACAUCCCAGUCCUACCCCAGACAGGAAAGCCAAGGCCGGGAGAGGGAGAGCAAGCUAGCCAAAGUCACACAGCACAUUAGUGGCAGAGCCUGGGCCAGAACCCGGGGGGCUCGGUUCCCAGGUGGGUGGGUUUCCUGCUCUUUCCCAGGUGACCACCGCCUCGGAGCCCUUGGGCACCUCAUGUUAGCAUGGGAGCAGCCUCUUCUCCUCCUGGCUGGCCCCAGCUCAGGUUCCACCAUUUCCUCAGGGAGGGGUCCAGAAGUGAGGGGUAGGGUCUUGGGGUGCCCUUCACAGGAUGCUUCGCUGCAGGAACUGAGGUGCCAUGCAGCCCCGGGUGCUCCUUGUUGCUGCCCUCCUGGUGCUCCUGGCCUCUGCCCGGGCUGCCAAGGAGGGGGACACCUCCUUUCUGGGCUUCGUGCAUGACUAUGUGCUGCACGCCACCAAGACCGCCCAGGAGGCGCUGACCAAUAUGCAGGAGUCCCAGACGGCCCAGCAUGCCAGGGAAUGGGUGGAGCAGUGGCUCAGCUCUCUGCAAGACUACUGGAGCUUGGUUAAGGACAAGUUCUCCAGCUUCUGGGAUUCGACCCCCGAGGCCCAACUGACACAAGCCUCUGAGACCUCCUGAGACCUCAACACCCUAGACCACCUGCACCCCAGACCAUGGGCUGCCUGGGUCCUCCGGCCUCCAGAGUGCCCUGGCAGGUUGCUUGACAGGGACAGCAUUCUCGGCGCCCCUCCUAUCCCACCCCAGACCUGGCCCACCCCCGGGCAAGCUGUCCUCCCAAUAAAGCUAGAUAAGAAACUGCCAUGAGUCGGA